AUGAGCAUCCCUCAUUUGUUCAGAUGUCCAAUAAGCCUGGAUCUGUUGACUGAUCCAGUCACUCUUAGCACUGGCCAAACUUAUGACCGGCCAAGCAUCGAGAGGUGGCUUGCCGAAGGGAACCUCACAUGCCCAGUCACAAUGCAAAGGCUUCAUGACACAACUUUGGUCCCCAACCAUACUCUCCACCACCUCAUUGACCAGUGGCUCCUCGCUGGUGCCGAUCUCAAUUCUCCACAGAAGCCCGCCAGACCGAUCGAUGACCAUGAGCUCUCCUUGUCCAUGGUGAAACAAAAUCUUCAAUCUCCAAGUGCCACCCAUGCUAUGAAGCUCGAAGCACUCAAGAAGGUCCGAAUUCUAUCCAUAGAGUCUGACAUAGGACAGGCCUCCUUGAUCCACUUAGGCUUCUUUCCUCUGCUGCUGCGGCUGCUAUUCCAAACUCCACAAAUAGGUGAUUCGGAGUUUGUCGAAGUGGCAAUGGACUGUGUCCUAAGUUUAUCACCAUCAACACAACUGGAUUCUCUCAAUAUGCUUGAGAAAGACAUCUUCUUGGCUUCAUUGCUGGUUCUGUUAGACCAAGGCAACAUGAAGAUCAAAACCAGCUUAUGUCAUCUCUUAGAAGCAAUUGCUCAAACUCUGGUAACACGAGAGCUUUGCCUAAUCAUAGGACAAUCUCGACGCAUAUUGCAAGUUUUGGUCUCCCUUCUACACAACAAAUCCGAGUCCCAAGCAGCGGAAGCAGCAGCUAGAGCCAUUUCCAGCAUCUGCUUGUUAGAAGCCAAUCAAGGCAAUGUGAUUAAAGAAGGUGUGAUAGAUGGCCUUAUCACAUACUUAUCAUGGAAUUCUGCUCAAAAAAGUGCUUGCCUGGCAUUGGCAACAUUGGAACUUCUACUAGGACUAGAGGCUGGCAAGCUGGCUGUGAUUAAGAACCUGAAUGCUGUUCAAGUCCUUGCGAAGCUCGUCUUCAGGGUGUCCUGCAAUCAGGAGGGGAGUGAGAACGCCAUCGGGUCACUGCUGAUCAUGUGCCAUAGCUCGGCACGGGUGCGGAUGGAGGCAGUGAAUGCUGGGUUAUUGACACAGUUAUUGCUGCUGCUUCAGAGCCAAUGCAGCUCCAGGGCCAAGACUAAGGCCAGGGCACUGCUGAAGCUGCUGAGGUCUAUGUGGGCUGAGGACCCAGAAGGUGGUAAUUUUCACAAUGGAAUGUAG